GGAACUAAGAAGUACAUGGUGCCCCACUUGGUCAGUAAAGCUACGUCUGAAGCCUCCACUCUCAUCAAACUGAUGGCCACACUGCUCAACGUACCUAGUCGUAUGAAGCUUCUACUGGAGAUGAUUAAGUACACCUAUACCUACUUGGUGUGUCACUGUGGUAAGGCCGAGAUGGAGCGAGCCAUCACCUUCCUACAGAAUGAAACUGAGGUUGACCUGGGUGGACUUGUACGACUUCACUUCCAGAGGACUCACCAGGAGUUACUGCUGCGACUCAGCACUGACUAUUCACAGGCGACAGGUAAGGAGGUUGACCUGGGUGGACUUGUACGACUUCACUUCCAGAGGACUCACCAGGAGUUACUGCUGCGACUCAGCACUGACUAUUUACAGGUAAAUACAGGUGACAGGUGGGCAGAGGUAAAUACAGGCGACAGGGGAGCAGAGUUACUGCUGCGACUCAGCACUGACUAUGCACAGGCGACAGGUAAGGAGGUUGACCUGGGGGGACUUGUACGACUUCACUUCCAGAGGACUCACCAGGAGUUACUGCUGCGACUCAGCACUGACUAUUCACAGGUAUUCAAUGGAUUGCGUGUACUGGCGACCUAUGAUGAGAGCUAUCAGGGACCUAAAGAUAUCACAACCUCGGAACAAAUGGCAGCCUAUCUACAGCCCCGCCUGUUGGGUGUGAUCGCUUUCUUUGACUCACAGCUGCUGACAGUGAGCAUACCUCUGGAGGACAAAAUACUGACAUUGGAGAGUUUGACUUCCAUCAUUCGUCUGAUGGGAUCUAAGUACAUCGGUGUAAUCCGUCACAAAGUGGUCAACACUCUCAGGAUUGGCCUCAAGUGUAAGGACAGACAGAUGAUGGAGGUGUCGUGUCGGGCUUGGAACUGCUUUGUUACCAGCCUGGAGUUGUCCUUCCUGGGACAGAUGAUGUCACAGAUAAUUGCCACCCUGCUGCCACUGUUGGAGCCACUCCCCAGACAGGUUGCCGAAAUUUUCUCCUACAUCAUUGUGGAAAACAGGGAAGAGCUACAUGCACAUUUCAAUGAGAUCUACUUUCUCCCCGACAUUCCAGAGCUGGCCGAGUGUAAUGGUAUCCUGAAGCAGUAUGUAGCCAGUCCGUCCAGUCAGUCAGACCUGCGGACGACCUUGACCUACUCCACAAAAGGGAUAUCUCACGAGAGUGUGGACGUCAGAAGACACGCCCUGUCCAAACUCCGCAAACUUCUCCGCGAUGAAAAGGAGAAGUUGUACCAGUAUGUGAACAGUAACGAGACAGCUGAUCCUGUUAUCUCCAACCUGGUGUCACUGCUCCUGCAAGGAUGUAGGGAGACAGAUCCACGGUCCCAGUGCCUUUAUGCAGAAUGUAUUGGAGAGUUGGGUGCCAUAGACCCAGGCAGGUUGGAGUUAAUGUGUAACAACCCCAAAAGAGACUUUGCCAACUUCCACGCAAAUAUAGAAGAGGACAAUUUUGCUGUUGGCCUUAUCAAUGAAGUGAUCAAUGCCUUCCUUGCUGCUCCAGAGUCCAGAAUACAGGACACAGCUGCAUUUGCCUUACAAGAACUGCUGAAAACCUACAAAAUAACGGAGCCGAAGACUAGUGACCGAAACUCUGGCCGUAUCUGGAAAAGGUUCCCUGAUCAUGUCCAGGAGAUUCUCAUUCCAUUCCUCAGCUCCAAAUAUGCACUGACCAAUUCUACCAAGCAUGACUGGUCAAAACAGGUCACACCCAUUUACUGCAGCGAGAAGGGACACAACUUUGAAAAUUGGGUCAGCACCUGGACAGGCUACUUGUCAUCAAAGGUAAAGAAAGGGUUUGCCCGUGAAGUCUUCCUGUCCUGUAGUGCUGUCAUCAAACACAACGGGAACCUGGCCCUCUACAUCCUGCCUUACGUUGUUCUACAGGUUCUCAGGGAUGGCACUCCAGACGACAUCACAGGUAUCCACAAUGAGAUAACAGAGGUCCUCAAUCAGGCCAAGAGACCAGAUUCCAAGCAGAAGACAGCCAACCUUCACCACCUGAGUACCCAGACAAUCUUCUCUGUGCUCGACUACCUCACCAGAUGGAUGCACGUCAUGCCACAGGUCAAGGGAGUUGACCCUCACACCAAAGUGCCUGUGUGCCAUGCUGAUUCUACGUACAAAGCUAUCCAGGCGUUCCGUCAGGUGAUUGACCAGGACCUGCUGGCAGACGCUUGUUAUAACUGCAAAGCUUACACUCGUGCUCUUAUGCAUUUCGAGCAGUUUUUGUCUAGCAAGGGCCACAAUAUCCAAGAACAUCUUAACUUUAUGCAGAAGUUGUACGUUGCUCUAGAUGAGCCUGAUGGAGUGCUAGGUGUGGCCGCAAUUAGAUUGGCUCCAACAUUGACAGAGCAGAUUCUCAUACAUGAAAGUCAAGGUCAGCAUCAGUGUGCCCAGGCGUGCUAUGAGAAAGCAAUCCAGAGUGAGGCUGACAAUGUAGUUCACCACCAGGGGCUACUGCGUAACUUGAUUGAACUGGGAGAACACAGCAAGGCCUUGCUCCACGCCACGGGGGCCGUCGCUGAGAAACCCGACUGGGCUCAUCACCUCAACGCAUACAUGGUGGAGUCAGCAUGGAGAUUGGGCAACUGGUCGAAACUGGAGAGCUGUAUCAAGUCUGACAAAAGCAGUAGGAACUGGGCUGUGGGUAUCGGGAAGAUUUUAAUGGCGGCAAAAGAUAGGAAAUCUGAGCAACUGCGUAAACAGCUACAGAUUGUGAGACGUGACCAGAUGGCACCCCUGUCCGCAGCCAGUAUGGAGACCGGAUCGUACCAUCGGGGGUACGAAUAUAUAACAAGACUACACAUGCUAAGCGAGAUAGAGGAGAGUGUAGGUGAGCUGAUGGACCUUCACACGGAGGACAGCGGCUCCACUGCCAGCAAACAUGCCACAGCUGACCUGCUUCGCCAGUGGGAAUCUCGUCUACAAGUUAUGCAGUGUUCUUUUCGGAUACAAGAGCCGGUUUUGACCCUACGGAGGAUUCUAUUUACUCUUGCGCAGCAGACCUCAGGUCAAGAGGUGGACCAGGAAAUAGGCCACUGGUGGCUGUGGAGUGCUCGAAUAGCUCAAAGAGCAGGCCAUCUACAGACAGCGUUUAGCUGUCUACUCCAGGCCAGUGACUACAAUCUACCCCAAGUGUUCCUGGAGAGGGCUGAGUGGCUGUGGACCAAGGGAGAAAAAGACCAAGCCAUCUUGUGUCUGGAGCGAGGAAUGUCCGUCCAUUUUGAGGAUGUUUCCAAAUUGAAACUGGACGGUUCAGCACAGACGGACAACAAACGCAAGACAUAUGCCAAGGCAUUGCUGUUGUACGGGUGCUACAGUGAAGAAACAUCUAAGAUGGAGAGUAACGUGAUCUUGAAGCAGUACAAAGAAGUGACAGACGUCUACCCAGACUGGGAGGACGGACAUUUCCACUUGGCAAAGUAUUACGACAAGAUCAUGACCACUCUGCUGGAGGACAAGGACAAACCUGAUCCUUCUCGCCAACGAGAGUUUAUCCACCAUGUGGUGAAAUCCUUCGGACAGUCCCUCCAGUACGGUAACCAAUACAUCUACCAGUCCCUGCCGCGCCUCCUCAGUCUGUGGCUCGACUUCGGCACAAGUGUAGCCGAGAUGGAGAAAAGGGACGUGUCCCGAAACCAGCAACUUGCCCACAAACUUCAGAUCAUGAGAACCACUUUAGCCAAGCUCAAUAAGUUGGUGUGCAGUCUAGGACAACAGUUAGCCCCCUACCAGUUGUUCACCGCCUUCUCACAGCUGACAUCCCGGAUCUGUCACACCCAGCCAGAUGUAUUUCAACAGCUCCGGGAAAUCAUUGCUCGUCUGUUUGCCCAGUUUCCUCAGCAAGGCAUGUGGAUGUUGAUGGCAGUGUCGAAGUCCUCGUACAAAGUGAGAGUCAGUCGCUGCAGGGACAUAUUCGCGAGAGCUGAGCAGAUCAAUCCAGGUUUACAGAAAUUUGUGAAGGAUUCGACCAAGCUCACUGACCGUCUACUGGAGCUGUGUAACAAAGAGUAUACCGGCUCUAAUAACAUGAGUGUGUCACAGCACUUCAAACCGCUCAAACGUCUGCUCGAUGACAGUGAGUUCAGCAGAAUAAUUCUGCCCCUCCAGUCCAACAUGACAGUGAUGCUGCCCAAUACUCCUGGAUCACACUCAUCACACAACCCUUUCCCUGGAAAAGAGGUGUUCAUUAACGGCAUUGAUGACAUGAUUGAGAUCCUGCCUUCUUUACAGAGACCUAAAAAGAUCAACCUGAUCGGAAGUGAUGGUCAAUAUUAUACCAUGAUGUGUAAACCCAAGGAUGAUCUGAGAAAAGAUGGCCGCUUGAUGGAAUUUAAUGACAUCGUCAACAAGUUCCUCAGGAAGGAUCCGGAAUCAAGGAGGAGGCGACUCCAUAUUCGUACCUAUGCUGUCGUCCCUCUCAAUGAGGAGUGUGGCCUGAUUGAGUGGGUAAGCAAUACUUUUGGACUGCGCCACAUCCUGAUGAAACUGUACAGAGAACGGGGCUUGUAUACAAGUGGUAAAGAACUCAAGGCCAUGAUGCCGAAGAUAACGGACAGCAUUGAAGUGAAGAUGCAGUGUUUCAAAGAGAAGAUGUUGGCGCGACACCCUCCAUUGUUUCAGGAAUGGUUUCUUAGAACCUUCUCUGACCCAACAUCUUGGUACAACGCACGCCUGUCUUACGCACGAACGUGUGCUGUCAUUAGUAUGGUGGGCUACAUACUCGGACUGGGAGACCGACACGGUGAGAACAUCCUGUUUGACUCCACAUGUGGUGACUGUGUCCACGUGGAUUUCAACUGCCUCUUUAACAAGGGUGAGAUGUUUGAGUGGGCAGAGAAGGUACCGUUCCGCCUGACCCACAACAUGAUGAAUGCACUGGGUCCCCUGGGAUAUGAAGGGAUAUUCAGACGAGCCUGUGAAGUAACCUUGAGAGUGAUGAGAACCCAGAUGGAUCCACUGAUGAGUGUACUGAAGCCAUUUGUGUACGACCCGUUGGUGGAAUGGAGCAAGCCACCAAGAGGAGGGAGGUCCAACCCCAUGGAUACCGGUGAAAUCAACAAUGAACAGGCACUGUCUCAUGUACAGAACAUAGAACAUCGACUGAAGGGAAUUCUGAAGUCCAAGACGUCUAGACCCAUCACCGUACCAUUGUCUAUAGAAGGCCAUGUAAACUACCUCAUCAAUGAGGCAACAGAUGACAAAAACCUGUGUCAGAUGUAUGUUGGUUGGGCCCCUUAUAUGUGAUGCCUCUGUCUGAAUCCGGUUGGCUCCCGUGAGAAUCAAUAGAACUUUUGUGAGAAAAUCUAGGACAUCAAUCAGUAAGCACCUGUGAGAAAUUGUAGGAUCUGCGUCACUCAGGACCUGUGUGAGAAACUCGAGGACCUAAAUCAGUAAGCAUUUGUGAGAAACCUAAAGGACCUUCAACAGUCAAUACGUUUGAGAGAAAGUUCAGGAUCUAAAUAAGUAAGAAACUGCAGAAGGGGGGGUGGGGGUACAAAACGUCCUAGAUAAGUGAUGUAUCUUCUAUUUCAUCAUCAAUUAUACUGUUAAUACCCAAGAAGGUAUACAGAGUUCACACUGGUGCGAGUAAAAAUCCAAGGAAAAAGUGCAAACAACGCGGCAAAUCUCUUCCAAACGUUGGAAUUUGUUGGAGCAACAUUCAAGAAAUUCGUAAGAAACUUGGAGAAAGUCUUGGACCUGAAUCAGUCAGCAACUGUGUCAGAAACUCAAGAAGCUUCCUCAUUUAUCACUGCUGUAAAAAGCAGAGGACACCGUUUAAAAAGAAAAUGUGGAGGACUUGAAGAAGUCUGUACCUGAAGGAAGUGCAUCUUUUCGCUAGUGUGAGAAACUUACACCUAAUAUCAGUCAGCUCUCGUGUGAGGAACUCUUGAACCUUCAUCAGUUAGCAACCAUGUGAGAACUGAACCAAUAACAACUUAAAUGAGCAAUACAUUGAUAUUCAAAUGUUGAUUCUCAUUAGGGUUAUAUUUCUAUGCAGUUAUUGUUAUUGAUACAAAAUUAUAGUUUGUCAUAUUAAAGGUUGACUUGUUAUUU